AUGGAGUCUCUUGCUCCGUUGGCGCCUCCUGAUGUUGCAGAAGCACCUCCUGGCAGUGACCUUGCCCUUGAGGAGCUUCGUAAGGUGGCAACCGAGGACCCCGAGUACGUCCAGCUCCUUCAUUUUGUGAAGAAUGGAUUCCCUAUGGACAGCCCUACGUCGCCGUGUCUUGGCCGCCUGCACGACAGCCAUCGUGGUGUCGAAGCCACCAAGAGCCGUGCUAGGCAGGCUGUGUUCUGGCCAGGCGUGGAUGCUGACAUUGCCAACACUGUUCGAGCAUGUGAGCCGUGCCAGAUUCUGCAGCCCAGUCAACAGCAAGAACCAAGACUCUGUGAUGACAACCCAUCUCGACCAUUCGAGUCCAUUUCUGCUGAUUACUUCUCAGUUGCAGGGAAGGCUUUCUUAGUCAUUGCAGAUCAUCUGUCCGGCUGGCCUGUCGUCGUGUCCUGUGUCGCUGAUAUGACGUCUGCUGCCACUAUUCGUCACUUCCGCCGCCUCUUCAGGGACCUGGGUGUUCCUGUACGCCUGCGCACGGACGGUGGCCCACAAUUCGCCAGCCAGGAGUUUUCUACGUUCCUCGAGCGCUGGGGAGUCCGUCACGACACAUCGACGCCCCAUUACCCACAGUCUAACGGCCAUGACGAGUCUGCAGUGAAGGCCGUGAAGCACUUCAUCCAGAUGGUGGCACCGUCUGGCAAUAUAGACUGUGAGGCGUUCGACAGGGGUCUCCUGAAGCUUCGGAACACCCCCAACAAGACGGGUCGCUCUCCAGCUCAAGUCCUGUAUGGUCGCCCUUUACGCUCUUGCGUCCCCGCACAUGCCAGCGCCUUCCAGAAAGAGUGGCAGGCCAGGGACGAGAGUUGCGACCGUCGAGCUGCUGCCCGUCUCCGUGAUGCUACAAGUCGCUACGACGCUCACGCUCAGCCUCUUCCACCCCUGCAGCGAGGUGACGUUGUUCGGAUCCAGGACCCGACAACGCAGCGGUGGCACAAGGUUGGCACCAUCAUGGGCGUUGGCAGGUCACGGGAUUACCUGCUCAAGAUGCCCAGUGGCCGAGUGUGGUGGAGGAAAAGGGGCUUCCUCCGCCCUGCUCCACCCCUAAACGCUUCUUCUACGAUGGAGGACGCCACUGCUCCCUUGGCGGCACCUGAUACGGUGGUGCCCCGCAGGUCGCUACGACUCCAGGAGAAGGCGUCGGCAGCUGCAGUCGCUCGAGUCCCUGUUGACUUCUGA